AUGUUCUUUGAGCAGGAGCUUGAUCACGUUGUUGAAGAACUAGAGAAAAUUGCUGUGGUGAAUCUCCUGCAGAAUAGAUCCAUAAUCUCUCUCAUUGGAAAUGUUCAGAAGUCAUCACUAAUAUUGGAGAAGGCUUUUCGUGUUCUUCGAACCCUUGGAGUCACUGUGCAAAUGAUCUCUCAGGGUGCAUCUAAGGUGAACAUUUCAUUGGUUGUAAAUGACAGUGAAGCAGAGCAGUGUGUGAGAGCUCUCCACUCAGUCUUCUUUGAGAGUGAGUUGUCUGAGUUAGAGUCUUAGAGGAGUAUUACAAAAGUGGGAAAGGUUAUGUUGCUGAAUUAUCUUAGUGGACACUUGAAUGUGUCAAUUCUUUGUUCUAAGAUAUGUAUCCCAAUGUUAUAUGGUAAGGUAUGAGAAAGCAAUUUUCACUAGUAGAUUCUUGUUAGGAGGAAUGUGGCAAAGCAUCAGUCUUGGUAGUGCUGGUAGUUGGUAUUACUAUAGUGAACCUUUUUAUUCUUUUGCAGCUGCUUCCAAAGGGUUAAUAACAGGCUGCAAAGCAAUUAUUGUUGACUAAAUUAUUGGAAAUCAUGUUUUUGUCUCA